CACGAACCACACGUAAUCUCCUCUCAACAACAUUUCUCCCCCCUCUACCUCCAAAACAAAUUUCAUCUCCUUUCGCCAUUUUUGAAGAUUUUAAUAAUAAUACUCGAAAAUGCCAGAAAUCCCUGUCGUAGUUUUCUAAAUUUCUGUGAGUUCCCCCUAAAAAGAAAGCACGAGUCUCUCUAUCUAGCCAGCUCUGUGCCUCCCUCCGCCGCACCAUAAAUAAAAGCACGCCUGCCAUCUUUCUCUUCUCUCCUAGCCCCAUCUCUUCUUCCUCCUCCACUAAAGAAUCGCAAAAUUGGGCCAGCAAUCUCCGACCAACUCUCUCCGCGGCCGGUGCUUCUGCUUACCGAAUGCAACAAUUGUAAUGGAGUUGAACCCACCACCUAAUCCAUUAAACCCACCACUUCUAUAAAGUAGAAACCCCAUCCCUCCCUCCCUCUUCGAUUGCGGGGUUAAAACAAAAACCCAACAAAAAAGAGAAGCUUCCCGACUUUGGGAAACGUUUUUCUCUCGACCUUGGAAAUGUCAGUUAUGGAAAUGCCCCACCACCUCGAUCUAGAACAGGGGACAGGCCUCCACCACCUCCGGCGCGGCAGCUCAAUUGCCGGGAGCGACGACCUCAGCUGUUUCUCCGACGCGGAGGACGGCGGCUCAACCUACUCCCAGUUCUACUCCACCACCGCCGGCUCCACCUACGGCGAUUACGGCUUCGCUUGCGGCUCCGACGGCGAAGGUUUCGUUUCGGAUUCCAGGCGGGUGUCUUGUGUGUCGGAGCAGUCGGUGGCGGUGGAGAUUGGGAGCGGGGCGGCGGCGGAGGGAAAGGUGCAUUAUGUGGAUGAGAGUAAAGCGGAGGUAGACUGCCGGAUUUGCCAUCUGGGUCUGGAGAGCAACAGCCAGGAAUCGGGAAUUCCGAUUGAGUUAGGUUGCUCAUGCAAAGCCGAUUUGGCCGCCGCCCACAAGCACUGCGCCGAAACUUGGUUCAAGAUUAAGGGCAACAAGACAUGCGAGAUUUGCAACUCAGUGGCCAAGAACGUCGUGGGAAUAACGGAGGCCGAGUCUGUAGUUGUUGAUCACUCAACCGAGUUGAACGCCAACAAUUCGUCAGUAACAGCGGUGGCUGCAACAUCGUCGGCUCAGCAUUCGGAUACGAGUCGCAACUUUUGGCAGGGGCAUAGGUUCCUCAACUUCCUGCUUGCUUGUAUGGUGUUUGCAUUUGUCAUCUCCUGGCUUUUUCACUUCAAUGUGCCAUCUUCGUAGAUACAAGGAAAUAGAAGAUGGAGAGGAUUUGUUGCGCAGCAGAGAUUCUGCUGCUAUGCGAGGUGGUUCAGCAAGCUCUAUUGGUCAAUGAAUUGUAUACCAAUGUAUCACCAGGAUUCACAGAUAUUAUUAUUAAUUAUAUUAUAUAAAUGAAGAGAAAAGAAGAAAGACUUGAUCUUUAC